AUGUGUACGGAGGAGAAGGAGAUGUGCCCCUUAUGUAUGGAACCGAUGGAGGCAGAUGACAUCUCAUUUUACCCGUGUGAUUGCCGGUACCAGGUAUGCCGAUUUUGCUGGGCUAAGAUAAUUAACGAGGAAAAUGGGCUUUGUCCAGCUUGUCGAAAGGAAUAUAAUUCAGAAAAACCGGCAUCUUACAAACCUAUUUCGGAGACUGAGGAAUCUCGUUGUAGGUCUAGUAGAAGACGCAAGGAUUAUAUAAAGAAGACAAAACUCAAUCCAGAAAUGCUCAAAAUUCUCCCAGAGUUAAGAGUUGUUCAGCCAAAUCUGAUAUUUGUGGUCGGUUUACCUACAUGGAUCUCAAAGGAUAAGGAAAUACUUAAAGGCCAGAAUUAUUUCGGUCGUUAUGGGAAAAUUUUUAAAGUGGAAGUUAAUCAAAACCAAACUUUCGGUGGACCACAGGGUCAACCUAGUUUUAGUGCUUAUAUAACAUAUUAUCGGGCUGAGGAUGCCAUGCGGUCUAUAAGGGAUCUUAAUCAGAGCACUUUACAUGGAAGACCAAUCCGUGUAUCACUUGGAACUACAAAGUACUGUAGUCAGUUUUUAAGGGGUACGAAAUGCACCAAACAUGAAUGCAUGUACUUGCAUGAACUCGGUGAUUCAGCUGCUAGUUUUACUAAAGAAGAAAUGCAAGCUGGAAAACAUACUGAAUACAUGAACAAGUUGUUGCAAGAUUUCUGUCAGUCUAAAUCAUAUUCACUUGAUUCACAAAAGGAAGAAACAACUAUCUUAGGUUCAUUAGAUUCUUCUGUCUCGAGUCCCAAUGAUGCUUCAGUACCUCAUACCAGUGAAUCAAGCAGCUACUCCAAUGGACGUAAUCGCUUCAGAUUUGAAGACACACCCAUGCUGUCUGUAGAAAACUCGGGCGUGCAAGUUUCAGAUCGAUGCACUACACAGUCCGAUCAAACAAGUGCAUCACUUAAGGAGAUUCGUAAAUUAAGGCAUACUAAUAAAGAUAAUUCAAAUGCUGUCUCAGUUUCCGAUACCUCAUUGGCUGAUAAAUCUAAACUAAAUUAUAAUAAUUCUAACAAACCGAGUAGUUGGAAUCAUUCGUCAUCAAUUUCAUCAUCAGAUUAUCCAACUAGAAAACUCGGAAAAAACUCAUUGGUACUUUUCAUUUCAAGAAUUCAAUCGGAUUUGUUGCCUCGCUCUAUCCCAUCUAAUCAAGUAUCUACACGUACUGAGCCUAUUUGUACCAGCAGUAAUGGCUGUCACCGUACAUGGUGUCGUCCAAAUCCAGAGAAUUCUUCAAAUAUCCAACCUCUGUUAGGAGAUGAACCCGCAGAUAUUGAUUUUGACCCCUUUCGAGAAUCUCAGCAAGGUUUAGCUGAACUUUUAGCUGCUGAAGUUUCACGUCUUAAUGUAUCUGAACCUCUGUUCAGUCAUCGUGUUUGCUUAACCAAUGGAUCUUCAGUUGGCAUUUCUCACUGUCCAAGUGAACCACAGUCCUCAAGUUUAGACACUAGGCUUCCUCAAGCUAAUUUUAGUCUCAAUUCUGCGCAAGCUGAAAAACUGCGUUCCUGGUAUUCUAAUAUAGUAUCACAUAACAGAAGCAACCAUGUUGAUCCAAACAAGUCAUUUAACGUGAGUCCAAAUACUUUCUCUAACCUUUAUCCUCCUCCGGGUUUUGAAGAGGCUGUACAAGGUCACGAACAGUCUUCGGAUGGUCAGUUUUUGACAUCUAAAACAGAUAUAUUAAGCUCCAAUUACCCAGAAUUAUCAUACUCAUGUCCUGAAAGCUUUGGAUAUAGCAACAACGUACGUAGCACAAAUGGAUCGUUGCUACAGUCGUGUGCUUUUCCUUGUAGUCUUCCUUUUACAGGCUCUACAGAAAAAUUGAUGACAAAUGAUAAUUGGAUACAAGCUAAAAAGGUAUCCGAUCACAAUGCUAUCUAUUCAGACACUUUAUUUUCGUCCAUUCCUGCUGUGCUACCCGAUAUUAGUAACGCAUUAAAACAAAAUGAUUUACCUCCACACUUAUCUAGUCAGUUCAUGACAAACAUAUUUAAUGCUGUUUUAAAUUCCCAAUCAAGUAUGAAUAAUAAUGAAUCAACUGGAACACAUGACAAAUCCUCAACAAAAUCUUCAGCUUCUAUGUUUGACUUCAGUCAGUUUGUUAACCAUCUUUAUCAUCAAUCCUCUGGGUUCUUAGAUAUAAAUGCCCAUAAUCCUAAUCAGUGGUCCACUAGGGUCAAUAUACCAUUUGUUUGUACACAAAGUGAGGUUUUAGAUGCUUCUAUUUAUUCAAGUUCAUUAGCACCAAUGUCCAACACAUUAACUUUUGGAAAAUAUGGAUCUAAAAUGUGUUCUCUACCUAAUAGCAAUGACUAUCAACAUCAGAAAAUGGCCUUUAGCACAUAAGUGUCCUCUGUUUUUUAUUGUUUGGUUUUUCUUUAAAAAGAAUUUUUCUGUGUGAUUUGCUUUAAAAUGUUUAUAUUGUAAUUGUUUCAUUUAUACAUAGAGAUACAUUUUUUUAACAGUGAAUAUCUAUGUUAGUCAUUGGCAAUUUCAAUGCUUCGUUGAGUUUACCGAAGUGUUUGUGUGUGUGUGUGUAUGUUUGUAGUUUGGAUUAUUUUUGGCGAUUAUCCUCCUAUUAAGUCUAGUUUGUUGUGUGAAUUAUAGAGCAUUGAUCUAUCUGUUCAAAUUACUCAUUGGACUUUCUAAACAGGUUUUUGUUUUUCUAUCAGUUACGGGUUAGGCUAAAAGCGUUUGAGAUUAGUAUUUUUAAUUAAUUUGGAACGUUUGAAGUCAACCCCCUCACAUAAACACACACACACUAAGUAAAGCUUCUGUAUCCAACAGCCUAAGUUAAACUCUGGACGUACGCUUUUCGUUCUCAUCUUCAUAAAACGAGUAGAAAUUCUAUUACAUAUGCUGUAAACGCGCGAUUUUAUGAGAGAACUUUCAUUAUCUCAAACCAUAUGGCCAAUUCAAAUGCAGUGGAAAAGGCUCGGGGAGUGGCCCCCUAAGAAAACCAC